AUGCAGCAGCGUGAGGAGAAGCAGCUGGAGGCGUCCGUGGAGUCGCUCGUGUCUCGCGUCGCUCACGUCAAAAAUGCUCUGCACAGUUUUAUUUACAAACUAGAAAAUGAAUACGAGAGAUUAACAUGGCCUUCUGUGCUGGACAACUUUGCUCUCCUGUCCGGGCAGCUCAACACCAUUAACAAACUGCUAAAGAAUGAGAAGACUCCAUCUUAUCGCAGUCAGGUCAUCAUCCCGUUGCUGCUGUCCCCGGAUAGGGAUGACGAAUUGGCGAAAUUAACAGAGCAGCGAGUGCCUGUGUUCAGCCAUGAGAUUGUUCCAGAUUAUUUGCGCACAAAGCCUGACCCUGAGGUGGAAGAGGUGGAGAAGCAGCUCACAGCAGAGGCCGCACGUAUCGGCCCUGAAGCAGCUCAGAAGCAGAUCCAGACAUUGAAUAAACUUUGUUCCGGUCUUUUAGAGAAACUUAAUAACCCCAGAGAUGAAAGGGAGGCUGAAAAUGCAGCAUUAAGACAGAACAAACCAUCGUUCAACCCUGCAGACACAAAUGCCCUGGUUGGAGCUGUAGCAUUUGGUAAAGGUCUUUCUAAGUGCAGACCCCCAGGACCAGUGGCUCCUGGGCUUUCGGGGCAGGGGCCCAUGAUGAGUGGAGGCCCCACUCUGCAGCAGGUCACUAUCGGAGGGGGCUCUGGACAACAGACUUCUAUGGGGGGACCAGUACCACAACAACAGGGGCAACCAGGGAAAAUGCCCAGUAGUAUCAAGACGAAUAUCAAAUCUGCUUCAGGCUCAAUGCAUCCAUACAAUCGAUGA